AUAAAUAUAAUUCUAACCUUACUCACUAAUACAGCUCUAGCCUCCCUACUCAUGCUGAUCGCAUUCUGACUCCCCCAAUUAAAUACUUACUCAGAAAAAGCCAGCCCUUAUGAGUGUGGAUUUGAUCCUAUGGGAUCAGCACGCCUACCUUUCUCCAUAAAAUUCUUCUUAGUGGCCAUCACAUUUCUGUUAUUCGAUCUAGAAAUCGCACUUCUUCUACCUCUCCCGUGAGCAUCACACGCGAAUAAUAUAACUACCGUACUCACCACAGCACUCAUGCUAAUUUCUCUUCUAGCUGCAAGCCUGGCCUAUGAGUGAGCCGAAAAAGGACUUGAGUGAACAGAAU